GGGCUGUACCGCCGGGCACCCGCCUCCUGCCACCGCCCCGCAUCCGCCGGGCUGGGAGCCGGCGGGCUGCCGACCGCCAAGAUGGUCCAUCACUCGGGCUCCAUCCAGUCCUUCAGGCAGCAGAAAGGUAUGAAUACAAGCAAGAGUGAGACGGUGAAGGAACACCCACUGAAACCCUCUAGAAGAUCUAUGCCAUGCUUAGCGCAGAGCCAAACACAUCCUCAGAGUCUGAGCAAGCAUUCUUCAUUUCUGCAGCCAAAUCGUGUACAGCCACAGCCUCAGCCUUUGAGUGCAGGGACAUCUACGGCUACCAUUGAUGUAGUGUCAGAACGAGCUAAAGUGAUGGAGACUUUAGAAAACAACUUGCUCAAGCUGUCUAGUACAGAGUACAAUGAUCCGUUCUUAGGCAUAGGAAAGGACAAAGACACGUACACAGAUGAUUCAGAACAUGGAAAUUACGAUGUUCGUACAGAUCAGUCAUUGCUUAUUGAAAGCAAGCUCACCAGGCAGAAAACAGAACCUCGAACUAAAUCAUCUUUGAAGACCGAUGCCAUGGCAUCAUCAGGCCUCUUCUUCAAAGAUGGCAAGAAACGCAUUGAUUACAUCCUGGUCUACAAAAAGUCAAGCCUGCAGGUAGAAAAAAGAAGCACGUUUGAGAAGAAUUUGAGAGCAGAAGGACUGAUGUUAGAGCGAGAGCCAGCUGUAACAAACAGUGAUAUCAUGUUUGUUAAAAUUCACUGUCCAUGGGAGACGCUGUGCAAAUAUGCAGAAAGAAUGAACAUCAGGAUGCCUUUCAGGAAAAAAUGUUAUUACACUGACUGGAGGAGCAAAACCAUGGGCAGUUUGCAGAGGAAUAUGAGAGAGCUGAAAAGCUGGUUGCCCAGAAAUCCAAUGAAGCUUGAUAAGGAGGCCCUACCAGAUCUUGAGGAAACAGAUUGCUACACAGCACCCUUUAGCCGUGCACGCAUCCACCAUUUUACCAUAAACAACAAGGACAGCUUCUUCAGCAACUCCACAAGAAGUAGAAUUGUCCAUCACAUGCUGCAGAGAACCAAGUACGAAGAUGGAAAAUCCAAAAUGGGUAUUAAUAGGUUACUAAACAAUGGAACAUAUGAAGCAGCAUUUCCACCACAUGAGGGAAGCCACAAAAGCAGACAUCCCAUCAAAACACACGGAGCUCAGAAUCACAGACACCUCUUGUAUGAGCGUUGGGCACGGUGGGGAAUGUGGUACAAGUACCAACCUCUGGAUUUAAUCAGGCGAUAUUUUGGUGAAAAAAUUGGACUGUAUUUUGCCUGGCUGGGAUGGUACACUGGAAUGCUGAUUCCUGCUGCCCUGGUUGGACUCUUUGUUUUCCUUUAUGGACUGUUUACGAUGGAUUCCAGCCAAGUAAGCAAAGAGAUCUGCGAGGCAAAUGAAACCAUCAUGUGCCCUAUGUGUGAACGCAAUUGCACGCUACAAAAGCUCAAUGAAAGCUGCAUAUAUGCCAAGGUUACACAUUUGUUUGAUAAUGGAGGGACUGUCUUCUUUGCAAUUUUCAUGGCAAUCUGGGCUACAGUCUUUCUAGAAUUCUGGAAAAGACGGAGGGCUGUUUUAACCUACGACUGGGACCUCAUAGAUUGGGAAGAUGAAGAGGAAGAGCUGCGUCCCCAGUUUGAAGCUAAGUAUUCCCAAGUCGAGAGAGUAAAUCCCAUCACAGGAAAACCUGAACCUUUUCAACCUUUCCCUGACAAGCUCAGUCGGCUGAUGGUGUCUGUCUCAGGAAUAUUCUUCAUGAUUUCACUCGUCCUCACUGCAGUUUUUGCAGUCGUGGUGUAUCGUCUGGUGGCCAUGGAACAAUUUGCUUCUUUCAAGUGGUAUUUCAUCAAGAAGUAUUGGCAGUUUGCAACAUCUGGCACUGGAGUCUGCAUCAAUUUUAUGAUCAUCAUGUCACUCAAUGUUGUGUAUGAAAAGGUUGCCUAUCUCCUGACAGACUUAGAGCAUCCAAGGACUGAGUCCGAAUGGGAAAACAGCUUUGCCUUGAAAAUGUUCCUCUUCCAGUUUGUCAACUUGAACAGUUCUAUCUUUUACAUUGCCUUUUUUCUUGGCAGAUUUGCAGGCCGCCCUGGAAAGUACAACAAGCUUUUCAACAGAUGGAGACUGGAAGAGUGUCAUCCAAGUGGCUGCUUGAUAGAUCUGUGUUUGCAGAUGGGAGUUAUUAUGGUUUUGAAACAAAUGUGGAACAACUUUAUGGAGCUAGGCUAUCCGUUAUUACAGAACUGGUGGUCACGGCGCAAAAUGAAAAGAAGGGGGCAAUCAAUGGAGCAUAAAAUUUCUCUACCUCAGUGGGAAAAAGAUUGGAAUCUGCAGCCUAUGAAUCUCCAUGGUUUAAUGGAUGAAUACUUAGAGAUGGUGUUACAGUUUGGCUUUACCACCAUCUUUGUUGCUGCCUUCCCACUGGCACCUCUUCUGGCACUGCUGAACAAUAUCAUAGAAAUAAGGUUAGAUGCAUAUAAGUUUGUGACUCAGUGGCGAAGACCUAUGCCUGCAAGAGCAACAGAUAUAGGUAUCUGGUAUGGGAUUCUUGAAGGAAUUGGAGUACUGGCUGUCAUCACCAAUGCCUUUGUUAUCGCCAUCACUUCAGAUUACAUUCCACGUUUUGUCUAUGCAUAUAAAUACGGUCCCUGUACAGAUCAAGGAUACAGACAAGAAAAAUGUCUAAAAGGAUAUGUCAAUAGCAGCUUAUCAGUGUUUGAUCUGAGUGAACUUGGAAUGGGAUAUUCAGGAUACUGCCGCUACAGAGAUUAUAGAGCUCCUCCCUGGAGUUCAACUCCCUAUGAAUUCACUUUGCAGUUCUGGCACGUUCUGGCAGCACGACUGGCCUUCAUUAUUGUUUUUGAGCACCUUGUUUUCGGAAUAAAGUCUUUCAUUGCUUACCUGAUUCCAGACAUGCCCAAAGACUUGUGUGACAGAAUGAGGAGAGAGAAGUACUUAGUCCAGGAAAUGAUGUAUGAGGCUGAACUAGAGCAUUUGCAGAGAGAAAGAAAAAAGAAUGGGAAACAGUAUCACCACGAAUGGCCUUAGUCAAUACCAUGCUGCAACAAAAAAUGCUGUUUGGAAACUGAAGAGAGCGAUUUCGAAAUGAAGUCAGUCUUGCAUCAGCGUGUGCGAUUCAAAGUGUAUAUAUGUUCUUGUUGGGCUGUGCCGUUGCAGGCUUUGGUGGGAAGUGGAAAACAAGUGCUUCCGAUGAAGGAAAUGAAGAGCCUUACCUGUAUCUGGUCUGUGAGGUGAGCGCCCAGAAGAACUGGCACUCAGGAAUGUGCAGCAGGUUAAAAAUUUGGACACUGAUUUUAAAAUGGCAAUGAGGUUUUUAUGCUGCUCGUGAAGAUGCUGACAGCAUAAUGACAAUAAAAAAUAACCUAUAAACUUAUACGGUAAGGGCAUGACUAAAAAGAAAUUACAUGGUAUCCACUACAGCUUCUGAUUGCUCAGCUGCAUCUGUAAUGCCUCUGAAGAAACAAAAACAGUUGUUGCCUUUGUGGCCAUAACUUGUUAUAAAUGAUCGUUCAGGCUUAUUGUUUUGUCAGGUUUGUCCUAGUCUCUUGUUGAGAUUGUGGAUGUGGUCUUACCCUAAAAAAAGGGGUAUAUGGCUGCUUAAUAUAUACUAUGCAGUUUAAGAUUUGCACAUCAUUGUCAUUAAUCUAUCCUUCUCGUUGAAAACCAAAAAUUCUAAAUUCAAAGAGAAAACAGCAGCACGAGGACACAUUGCAUUGCCCACAUUGCAGCUGUAGUUGAAAAUGACAUGGCUAUGAGUUGUCUUUCCUCUAUUUCUGUGCAGAAAGGCCACCUUCACACACGAGGAUGAAAGAAUUGUCAUUUCCAUGCUCUGCUGUAGCAUGCAGAUGUCGAUAACUGUGUUACUGUUCUCUUUGAGCUGUCUGAGCAAUGAUUCCGUGACUUCACAGAAUGCUAACUUGGAAUAUUCUAAUACAGUGCAAAUUACUUCAUUCUGAAUAUACAAUUAACUAUUUAUAGUAUGCAAGCUUAUGCAGAUAUGUAUCAGACUUACAGUAUAGCAUUUUGACUUUCUUGUUCAGGGAAGGAGAAGCUGAGCACCUUAUAACAAUGCUCUUCUUAUUGUAACAGUAAAUGUUCCAGUUACGUGCACUUCUUUUAUGGGGCUAAAUAAGUCAAAGUUCGAGAACUAGAUACAGGCUGAUGUGUAUACAGGUUGUCUAUAAAAGCACACACACACAGUGGUUACUUUUAGAUUUUUUAUUAUUAAUUGUAUGCCUUCUUACAGUCUGGGGGAGCUCCGUGUAUAAAAUCAAUAUAAAAAGUAGGCGCUUAUGUAAAGAACUGAAUUUUCAGAGGGGUUUUUGUGAAUACAGUUUAAGGUAGCGUUGCUUAUGGUUGUUGCCACAUUUUGUCGAUGAGGUUGUCUAACAUUUCAUAAUGUGUGAAAAAAUAAGCACUUACAUUGCAAAACUUAAACAAGCAAGCAGAGUUCACUUGCAGCACAGAGUAGGGAAACAGAGUUGCAGUCAUCCCGUUUAUCUUAUACAGUUUUAAGCAGUGCUCCUUUAUACUGAAUGAGAAGAAAAAGACCCAACGAAAAACAAAACCCAUCAAAUCAUACUGACGUUAUGCAUUUACAUUAUUUUACAGAGAAAGCUGCAGUGAAACCACUGCUGACAGAUACAAAAAGACCUGAAAUACUACUGGGUAAAUGCCACAUUUAGUCAAUAGGUGUCAUACGAGUAUUUACUUACAUACAUUAGAACAAGCUUUUUUUUAUUAUUAUUAUUACAUCACAUAAAAAUGAAUUUUAAGAGCCCAUUGAAUAGAUGAGUAGAAUCCAUUGUACUCAGUGAACAUUAGCAUCAAAGUUUAAGUUCUUUACUCAUUCCACUAUAUUCAUGAAAUGUGUAGGUUAAUUCCAGCUUAAUGUGACCUGACAAGGCAACUAUAGAAGUAUUUACAGUACUGCACAAAGGAGGAAGGAAAUGGAAAGGUAUGGAUUAAUCAGGUGUAUUAGCAGUUAGUUCUUCGAUAAUGGGUAAUCAGAACUCAGAUUUCCCUAUUUUGGAAAUGCUUUUCUUUAUAUUUUGGAUAGUUCCUCGGGAGUCCUUAUCAGAAAUAUCAGCACUCUCCUCAGUGCUUAUAGAUUCACACUAACGUAAUUUAUUCUCUCCUUGUUUCAUACUGUGGAAUAUCAAGCAUCACUUGGCAGCAUUAACCACGUGCCACAGGUUCUGUUUCUGUGCCAUGUAGUGAUAAUGCUUCAGUUCUUCAGAAGGUCACACUUCAGCUCUCUUUUUCAAGUUCUCUUUCAUAGCAAAAUGCCUUGGCUGGCCCAAGGUAAGAAGACUUCAAAGAAAAAUCAGCCACAGUCAGAACUGGUGAUUAUGUUUAUAUUCUUAGUAAUUUUCGGCACUGGUGUAUAAAAGUAGAUUGAAGGCAAGAGUGUAGAUCUGACAUUGCAGUUUAUGCACUGGAAAAAGCACAAGAAAUUUUGGAGAAACACUGUGUUUUCCUUUAUAAGGACAUGAACAAAGUGUAAAGGUUUUGCCACUAACAGUCAUUUGCUUAAGCUGAGAACUUCUUGCUAGAGUUUGUUUAGUAUGCUGUUUGCAUUGACUGCACGUUGUUUUACUGAAGCACAAAGCAUACACCUGCUGUCCUCAGGAAUAGUGUAUUUUAUGAAUGGUGAAUGAUCUUUUCAUAUUCUAGGUAUUGUCUUUCCAAAGGAAUGACCAGUAUGAAUAGACCAUGCAUGCGAGCUGCAUUUGUGAAACCUGACAAAGCUUUAGAACUUAAAUUUGUGCAAAAACGCUUUAGGUCAUUGCUGGUCUAAUCUAUGCCAAUAUUGCUCUGUGCAUGCACCCUUACAGAGACCGCAUGAGCAGCUAGAUAUUCUUAAAUACAAACGAUUAGUCCAAAAUGUCUUAAUUAUUCUUAACCAAAUUCAGUGUCUUGCUGCAGACGAAAGAAAUUUUCCAUUUCAGAAACUGAAAAACUGACACACAUUAUACAUAUUUCUAGUUACUUUUCAUUCCAAAUUUGUGCCUACUGUGUGAGACCUGAAUUCUGGUGAGAAAAAAAGGAGGGGGAAAAAAGCAUCCAAAGAAUUCUGUUUUAUUAGCCUUCCUAAUGAGAAGUUUCUUCUUGGAGCUCCUAAUCUCUUUCUAUUGAGGGGGAUGCAUCAAGUGCUUGGCAUCUACAACUGAGUGACAACAGGGUUGCUUACAGUUUUAGGAAAGGUUGUCUAUCUGUAAUGCUGUAAUGUAAUUGUCUUACAAUAGAGUGAUUGGGCAUCCUGACCGAGUAUUGAUAUUUUAAACAAGGCAGACAACGCAAUGGCAAAUUUUCCUUCCAGCAUCCUUUUUAUUGAGGCAUUCAUAGAGAAAACUUAGAUGAACACUUAAGUUAAUAUUGAUGAUGAUGAGGCUUAAAUUUCCACAGUAAUGUUGGAUGACAAACAGUUUGUGUUUUUCAUGUUUCUUUAAAAGUACUUGUCUUCAUUCCUACAAAGCAGAUGCGUCACCUCCUACUACGCCCUUUUCUGAUAGCAGUUUGACUUAAAUUGUGUUUUUAGGAUUGCUUAGGCUCUGUUGUAUCCCAAAGAAAACUCAAAUUAAAAUCAAUGUUUGGAGAGUCUAGUGAAAAUAGGUGAAUAGAUACAUACCUUAAUGUGUAAAUUAAUUAAUUUCCCGAGGUUUUCUUCAUGAAAGAAAGUAUCUUGGGAAACCAAGUUUUAGAGUCAGUGUUAAUACAGGGAAAGGCAUGAACUCGAGAUAUUUUUUUCUUACCAUGUCAUCGUGGUGAUCUGUGUGCAUUGGUGGUUUCCUUAUUUUGGCUUCUUCUGCAAACUCCAAAUGCGAGUGCUUCCAGGGAGAAUGAUUGGAGCCAUGCAGUUCAGUGAAUUCCCUGCAUGGUAUCACAUGGGAUUUAUUCAUUCCGAAUAAAUCACCAAUUUUCAGGGGCAAAUUUGUAUACCUGUGUUUAGAAGCAUCAAAUCACUUUGAUUAACUGAAAAUGAUCCUUGUCUGUAAAAAGAAAAAGCUUUCCUUAAAUAGAUAGCUUAUGUGUAAUACCAAUUUUCAUUAGGAUUUUUAUAAAUUAGAUUUUUUAAAGUACACUGAGUAGUGUACUCUUAUAAACAUCUGUAUAUGAUGGCAGUGAAGUUAAUGGGAAUCGAUCACAUUUUCCAUUUAGCAUUAUGCAGAAGAAAAGGGACAGAUACAAAAACAGUUAUCAAUGUAUCUGUGAUCAUUUAAAAUUGCAUUAGUAUUUCCAGAUCCUCGUUAACUACUAAUGUUGAUUUUGAGGGGUUAAAGCUUGAAACAGAUCUUAACCAACUAUUCAUUACAUUCUGUAUUUCAUGUUACAGCUGACACAGAAUUCAGAGAUCCACAUUUAGGCAGAUUUCUGAGAAAGAUGAAGUUAUUUUGUUAGUUCUAAUGUAUGGUUUGACUGAAGCGUAACCAGUAGCCAUUUUUCCAAGCAUUUAAGUUAGCUGCAACCAUGAAUUCCUAUGGGAGAAAAGAUGGUGGCUUUCAAAGACCUCUUUACCUUUUGUGCUCAAGCUCAUGCUAGUUAAAGCCUGCCUCCUGCUGCAGUAAAAUGGAAUAAACCUGCUUUCUGCGGCUGGAGAUGAGCAGAGAAAGCAAAGCUCUUGUGUUCAUUUUAGCAAGUUUUGCUGUAGAUCAGUUCUCCAAAAUGGGCGGUUGGAAACUGGAGCACAGUGAGAAUCCCUGCAACCCUUUUCCUUUUCUUUACUUAUCCUUACUUUACUUAUCCUUAGUGUUCUAUUAAAUGAUGCUUUCUUGCUGACGGUCCAGUUUCAAGAGCAGUUGCCUGACCUAAGUUACUCAAACAGAAGCCAAACAGAAGUGUUCCCAAACCAGUCUGUCCAGUGCUUGUCACCAGCCAGUAUGCUCAGGAUGGAGUGGUGCAAGAAAGCACAUGGUAUGUCUGUGUCUGCUGCUAGGCUAUGUCUGUCACUGUCCCAAGCACUACCUUUUGCAGUCCUUCUGUCCCUCCCUACACACACACACACCUAAAGGUCCUACCCCAUCUUAGCAUAUUGAAAUUGAUACGAAUAGGCUCAUAUCAACAGUUUUUCUCUAAUUCUGACAUUACAACCGCAUUCACUAUAAAUUUACAUUGACUUAAUUUUGACGUAGUUGUGAUAGCACAGCGUUACCACAGUAGCACAAGUUUAUAACAACACAGCAACAAACUGUAGAGAAAUCCCUUUGCUUUUCCAUGUUACGCAGGAACUUGCUUAGUCCAGGACUGGAAUUUUGUCUUGAAAUGUUAAUGGAAUAACCCCCUCAUCACAGCACUGGAAAUUACCUUUUGUUAGUUCUGUUGGCUCAUUCUAACUUCUUGCCGUAAGCUCUGUAACACUAGGUGUUCCCUGUAGCAUGCUCUUUAAUUGCCGUGAACUACUUGUUGGGAUGCUACUAGAUAUGAGCAAUGAGGAUUAAACCCAAUGCAGUCUAAAGCAAAUGUAAUUUUAAGUACUAGGAAGUUGAGAAUUGUGUUGAAAUUUUCAGAAAGUUCAGAUCACCUUUUCAUUUAAUGUUCUAUUCAGAAGACUCGGGAUUUUGUAUUGAGAAUACAGAACUGUUGAUUCUAAUUUUUACCUAGAGUAGCAUUGCUGAAAUUUCAGUUGUUUGAAGUAAUCUCAAGUAAAAUCUGCAUCAUAUAGUUCAGCCAUUUUUACUUCGAUAGUCCUGGCUAACUUUCAAUAUCAUGAUCAUAAGAGAUUUCUUAAAAGGUGUAUAUACUUGAAAUUUGUGUAACGUUUAAAUACAACUUGGUUUCUACGUAAGAAAUGAGAGUACAGUUUCAACUAUUUUUUCUAUUCAUAAUUCCAAACUUUGUAAGUAACAUUUAAAAUACGAUUACCACCAAGUGUUUCAGAGAAAUUAACUUUUAUGCACUGGAAGCUAGAAGUUCCUCUUGCCUGUCAGCUUUCACUUUGUUUUAGGUUUAAGGUUACUCUUAGAAGCUGGUGCGUACCCCAGAACUAAAUGAAUUCACCGAGGAAAAGUUGUUGAUAUGAUUAAUUAUUGUAAGACACUUUUGGCAUAAAUUUGUCUUUGAGAUGCUGUUUACUUUAUCAAGGUUUACAUGUACAAAUGCAAUGACUUACUGUAUCAUACACAUUUGAAUAUUGCAUUUUUCAGUAAUAAACUUGGAUAUCUUUGAAGGAA